UAAACGCAUUCGUAAAAGAAACUGUGUGUGUAUAUCGAAAGUUUUUAAAUUGUCCUUUUUCUUUUUUUUUACGAAUUCGUUGAUUUUUGUUACAAAAGAUAGAACAAAUCCCGAGGAAAUAACUAUUCGUUAGUUCUUUCCGUCUCCGUAGUCCUACGAAAACUGGAAAGCGAAACGUUGCUCCCACAACUUCUCCCAUUUGUGCACGCAACGUAUCCUCCCUACUCUACCAACGAGUAUACUCUCUCGCUCUCCCUCACUUCUUCCUCACUCAUUCUCUCUCUUUCUCUCUCUCUCUCUCUCUCUCUCUCUCUCUCUCACUCAUUCUUUUCUUUUUGCAUAGUCACCCUCUCUAAAUAAUCGAUCAGUAAUUUGUCUAAUUCGUUAUUCAUCGCAAAUUUUCUAGAGAUUCGAGUUAAUACUUAUCUUUAUUUGCCAAUGAAAAUGAUUGAAAUAAUAUAUAUAUAUUAUUAUUAUUAUUAUUAUUAUUAUUAUUAUUAGUAGUAGUAGUAGUAGUAGUAGUAGUAGUAGUAUUAGUAUUGUUAUUAUUAAUUAAUUAUAAAAUAUUAAGAACUCAAUAUAUCUUAACAAAUAUUAAGUUCAUAAAUACGAUUACGUGAGCGCAAUGAAUGUUUAUCAAGGAAUCAAUCUUGUUCGUACGAAAAAAUUUCCAAGUGCGAAUAUACUCGAACAAAUGAAAAAACACGUUAUUUGACACGUUAUUUUUAUACAUCUGAAUGUAAUAACAUAAUGUAGUUGAGACGACGAGAGUUACAAAAUUGUUAGUGUAUCGAUGUAUGUCGGAUAACGUAUAAAAAAGAAAGAAAAAAGAAAAAAAAAUCCAAAUUCCAGUUAAAAUAAAUUAGAAUUGAAUUGAUCAUCGACGUAUUUAAAAGUAUUUAAUUGACAAAAUGACCGUCGGCGUAGAAUUGUUUAAUACUUCAGAACCAUAUUUAAUACCAGGAUACACCGGUUUUUCUCCUCAAUAUCGUUAUCGUUGCGGAGAAACUUACGGAAGUCUUACUCAUAAACUUCUUCUCGAUCCUAAUGUGAAUCAUUCGGAAACGCUUGUAUUAUCAAAUCGUGCUACUGACGAUUAUCAAGUGAGCAGACCUCCCAAAAAUGACAUAGAUAUUGUAAAUGCACGAUACAAAAGGGUAGAUCCUAUUUAUACCCAUCCAACUAUUCCAGGCUACGAAGGUUUCAUACCAAAUUUAAACGCAAAUUGCGGACAAAGAUACACCGUACUUGCGACCGAGGGUUUAGCAGAAUUUGAGAGACAACAGAUAAAAAAUAAAGAGGCCCUUAAUAAAGUUGAAACAAUAAUUUCUUUGCAAAGUGGGCAAGGUGAACCGCGAAAUACGAAGGAUCGUUUGCUAAACGAAAGUCAAUUCAAAUUGCCUAUGAUCACCGUUCGUCCCGAUUGCGUUGGAGUUAUGAGAAAUUUGCCAAUCGAUGAACAAUACGAAGUUCCAAGGGAUCAUGCUCCCUCCCCUUACUUUAUGGAUAAUGCGAAUCCAAAGAAAUACUUUAUUAGCAGAUAUGCUGGACAUAUUCCAUAUGGAUAUGCACAAUUUGGGGCUACAAAUGUACCCGCUACUAAUAGCGCACUUUGUGAUUUUACUUCAAAUUAUCGACAUCGACAAAGCACCGAAUGGGCACCUGUAACAAUUUCAAAACCUGAUCCGCCUCUUCUUAUUCAAUCGACUGAAAUUUAUCAUAAACAUGUUGGUUUAUUACCUAAUUAUUAUGGUCACGUUCCAGGACAAAUAUUUAGGUUCGGUAAAACAUUCGGUGCUGAUACUAAAGACGCAAAGAGAUGGCUUCGUGGUGACUUUUCUAUUUAAAUUUCCAAUAAUACAGCUAAUCAAUAAAUGAUUUCUGAGGGUAAUAAACAACGCCUACAGUUAAUGCAUAUAUAUAUAUAUAUAUAUAUAUAUACAUAUAUAUGUACAUAUAUAAUUAAAUAUAUUUUAUAUAUUAAAUGUAUUAUAAAAUAUUUUAUAAAUAUCGUUUAUUUCGUAGCAUAAAAAAUCAGAUAUAAAAGGAAACAUUCUUCAUCGUCAUUAUGAAUUCCAUUUCAUCAAAAUUUUGGCUGCAUUUUGCAAGUUUUCAUCUUUCUGUAAAAAAAUUUGAUGCAAACAUUACAUUUUCAUAUAAUACAUUAUUAUUUAUAUAAUGGCAAUUAAUUAGAUACCUUUAUGAAACAGUAUCGUACAAAGUUCUCUGCUAAAUGUUUGUGCUCUUCUGAAUAAAAAGCGGAUACAGGAAUACCUUGAACUCCAACAUUUUUAGUCAUCCAUUUUGUAAAUCUAUAAUCUUUAUUAGCAUCUGUUUCUUCUUCUAAUUUAGUCUUUUUCUCUAAAGCUGUCCAGUCAGCUAUCAUAAAAUAACCACCUUCGGGAAUGGUAGGUGACAUGCCCACAUCGUUAAGAAAUUUUGCCAUAUAGUCUCGUUUUGGUAAUAAUUCUUUAGGUAAACUAAAGAAAUAACAAUCGGGUUGAUCAAAUUUCUCCAUCUCUUCUUCAAAUCCAAGUGCUACAGCUUCCUAUUUGUUAAAAAAGUUUUGAUACAUUUAAUAAUUAUAUUCAUCUUUAUAAAUAAAAAUUAUAGUUAAUUAAUGUAAUUUUACUUGAAUUGGUGUUGAGCAAGUAUAAACAACAUUUUGAUGUACAACUUGUAAAUUGUAUAUUAAAUUCGGUGGUCCAUAUGCCCAACCUAUUUUCCAACCGGUGACGCUAAAUGAUUUACCUGCAGAUCCAAUAGUAAUUGUGCGUUCAAACA